CGACAUUGUCGACUGACCGCGGAAACAAGUUUGGUGCGUGCGGCGAGAUCCAAGCCACUACUCGACCACCUAUUUCAACGCCAGCAUUACCUCUGUGAGACUGCCUUUAGCUGUCUGGGGCAUCGACUACGGCCCUUGCCAUAGUGACUCACUCUCGUUUCGAAUAUCUGGCAGUUUCCAAGGAUGCAAACCCAAGCCUCUCCUUUGGCUAUCGAGCAUGAGACCCCAAAUCUACGUACCCUUCGUCGUCUUUCAGCAUCCAGCGGGACCAACCCAGAUUCUCUUAAUUCCGACCCACCGAUCUCCUUCGUGUCGACCAUGCAAAAUUGGGAGAAUUCGUCUACUCCGGUGUCUGAUCAGACUUCGGUGACGUCUUAUGAUUCUGAAAGCGAUACAUCUCAUCUAUUCUGGGUGCCUGCUCAUCUUCACCCGGAGCUCGCUCCUGCAGAAUUUCGUGCGUUCCUGAGAGAACACGCCAGUGCAGCUCCUGGAUCUGUGGAUGCAACUACCCCUCUAGGUCGCGCUAUGUCUCGCUCCCGAUCCCUUUCGCGCCAAACGUCCAUGCUCAGUCGCCAGUACAAACCGCGUCCGGACGAUGGGGUUGAAAAUGAGGACCAAACCGUGAUCAACAGGAGUAAAUCCCGGAGCAGUGUUUACGCGGCACCCCAACUCACAAUGGACGAUAUCCAGAAGCUUGAAAUAUUGGCGGAGGAAGCGGCUAGAAGUGAGGACCCUUCUCGGCUGAGGAGCGUUCUCAGAAGAAGCCUGAGCAUGAGUCAGCCCAACGUGAUUGACCAGAUGGAUGACAUCGGCACGGAAAAUAUCGAUGAACCCAUUAUCGUACCUCCACCAGGGCAGAUUCUUCGUCGUACCGCUCGGACCAAAAUUCGUAAAACGAAUUUGCCGGGGGAUGGUGGAGGUCAUCGGUUUGCCUCGACUCGGAGAGGAAGAGCUAAGGCUGCCGCACCUGACCCCUUUCUUGCGUUAGAAGACGCUACCAGCGAGUCCGAACACAGAGACUCGGAUCCCAGCCUAUCACCCUCCCCACCAGCACCUCCUUCCUCGCAUGCCUCCUUCGCUGUUGUCGCAGAAACGGAUGAUGGAGAGGGGAUGCCAUGGGAUCGUCCUUUGUCUUAUAGUGAAGAGAGCGCUAUAUACGACUCGUAUGCCGAUCGACGCGAGUCAAAUAUCUCCCGAAAGUCUGAAGAUGACGACACCUCAUUACCAUUUGGGAGGUUCGAUAGAAACGAGGCGCCUCCGAUCGUCAUUGAGCCUCAGGCUCCAUCAUCGUCUGAGUUUUUGCUUUACUCUGAUCCUCAUGUUCCCGACCACGCUCUCAUACCUCAACAAACCCCUCAUCAGCCUCCUCUCCACCAUCCCAUUCCCCAUCAAUACCAAAACCCCCUCCAGGUGCCACCCAAUGCUCCUCCCGCGCGCUCGCCGUCCCCGGGAAGCGUUUCUGAAACACAUUCAGAAUUUUCCAUCCUCAGUGCAUCGCCACCAACACCCUCCGGCAAAUCACGCAAAGAGAAGGAGAAGAAAGGCGGACUGUUCAAGUGGGGUGGUGACAAGCUUGAUGCCAAGGCCAGAAAGGAAAAACCCAAGGCGGGGGGGAAGGCUACUUCUGAUAGGGCCUCUGAAAAAGAUGUAAACCGGGAAAAGGAGUCUGGUUUCUUUUCCUUCUUUGGAGGCAGGAAGAAGCAAGAUGAUUCCCCUUCCAUUGGCUCAGGAGCGGGCCCUGCCACGGCCGCUGCAUUGUUGGGGGCAUCAAAAUCGAAGACAAAUCUUUCAUCCAUGGACGGACAACCUUUCGUGAAUAAUUAUGCUCGCUAUCCUAUCCACGUCGAACGCGCCGUUUAUCGGCUGAGCCACAUCAAACUUGCUAACCCGCGGCGUCCUCUUUGCGAGCAAGUACUUAUCAGUAAUCUGAUGUUUUGGUACUUGGGUAUCAUUAAUAAACCCACCACCCCUCCAGCAAGUACCGCGAGUGGGCAAGCGGUCAAAGAGGAGAAAGAAAAGCAGGAGCGAGAGAGGUUGGAACGCGAAAAGGCCGAAAAAGAGCGGGAGAAAGAGGCGUCAAGACGGAAGGCUCUCAAUAAGGCUAAUGUAAACGGGGGAUUGGGUAUGCCUAUGGGUGCCGGAAGGAAGGCUGAGAUGCCUGUUAAGGGCCCCCAGUAUGGAAUUGGAAUGGUUAUGGAGCAAGAAGCGGAUUAUGGUGUUCAGCAAGCCAUGAGGCGUGGCAAUGCCCUGCAAAUGGGUUAUGAUGCAUUCCAGCCAGAGAAUACGCACCAACCUCGAAUAAAUGGUCCACCUUCUGAACAAACCUACAGACAACAGCCCUACUACAUUGAACAUCGACCCGGACUUGGGCCAUAUGAACCCGAAGCAUCUCGCUCUCCCCCGUCGAUUAUGAAUUCACCGUCCCCUCCGAGGCCCUCACAACCUAGUUUGCCGCCCGGCGCCAUGCCCCCCGUUUCCAGUGACCAUUCUUGGCUUAGCCAAUCGCCUUACCCAUCUUCUUCUCCUAUUCAGCCAUCUGCCCAAACUCACCGUCAACCUCCCAUACGUUCCGCUACGGAUCAGUUCCAGUAUUCACAGGGGUCUACACAUGACCCGCGACCUCAGCCUCGCCAGCGUUCGCCAUCCUACACCACACCGCAACCCCCGCAAAAUUCUGGACCGCCCAGUAACAAAACGCCUAAUCGAUCGGCGUCGGCAUCUGCAAUUAUUUCCAGUGGCUCGAUGCCUCAGUCGCAUUCUCCACCACCGAACACUCGCUUGCCUUCAAAGCCGAGGGAAUCGGGUCCAUCUCCGCCAAUGUCUGUGGGAGGCAUUCGCGCGGUGCCAACGGAGAGCGACGGCCGGUGGGGGGACACCAAGGAGAAGAAGACUUGCCGCUGGCACUUUAUCAGCAGCAACAAACACAGCAACAUCAGCAGCAGCAUCAGCAAGCAGUGUAUGCGCCUCCUUACUCGCGUCGUUGACGCAACACACAGGGCAUUCCAGAAGGUCAUUUUGAACUUUAUGCUUAGAUGGGAUCAUUUUUUCUCCUGUGGGAGUAGUUUUUAUUCGGUUCAUUUCGUCUUCACAUUAUUCAGAAUUACAUGGACCCCUUGGACACUUUUGUACGGCACGGAUGACCUAG